AUGUCUGACUUUCUUCUUCGACUUGGCUUUCAUGGCUCCAAGACUGACACUUCACUAUUUAUUCGACAUACGGGCCGUCAUGUCUGCUAUAUUCUUAUCUACGUUAAUGACAUUAUAAUAACAGGCAGUGACACUGACAUGGUUACAUCUCUCCGCCAACAACUAUCUAGGGAAUUCUCCAUCAAAGAUCUUGGCAAGCUCCAUUUUUUCUUGGGUAUUGAAGUUGUUCCUCAUUCCCGUGGGCUAGUCUUGACCCAAUCUCGAUAUAUUUCUGAUCUCUUAAAGCGCACUGGUAUGGUUGAUUGCAAGUCGGUCAAGACACCUAUGGCCACAUCAGUUAAGCUUUCGGAUUCAGGGGGUGCUCUCAUGUCUGACCCCACUACAUAUUGGUCUGUUGUUGGUGCUCUUCAAUAUGUCACCCUCACUCAAUUGGAUGUUAGCUUUUUAGUCAAUUGGGUUUGUCAAUUUAUGCAUGCUCCCAUGGAGGACCACUGGCAACUUGUCAAACGUAUUCUUCAUUAUCUCAGUAGUACUUGGUCACAUAGAAUUCUUAUUAAGCGCUCUCCUGUUCACUCUCUUCAGGCCUUCUCUGAUGCUGACUGGGCUGGUGACACUGCUGAUCGUAAGUCCAUAGGGGGAUUUGCAACCUAUCUUGGUCCCAAUUUAAUUUCUUGGACCUCUAGGAAACAAAGAACUAUGGCACGCUCCUCAACCGAGGCAGAGUACAAAGCCCUGGCAGAUGCAUCGGCUGAGCUAGUCUAG